AUGCAGGUAUUUGGCAAAAUGUUUCCGCCGCCUUCUUCCCCAACCAGGGCCAAGGCUCCGGCCUCGCGGUUCCCCAACAUCAUGGGUGCGGUGCGUCGGCCGCCCAAGCUGGUGACGCUGUUUCUGCUCCUGGCCUGGAUAUACCUGUGCUCCAUGUGGUUCCCCAUCCGGGGAUUCUCGUCGUCGUCGGACACGGCGCAGCCCGAGGCGGUGCACGAGGAGCACCAUCACGUCGAUUCGGGGCCGCAGUUUCCGGUGGUGCAGACACAGGCGCAGGAUGCCAAGCAUGACCAGAAGGAGGACCAGAAGCAGGACCAGAACCAGCAGCACCAGCAGCAGCAGUCUUCGGCGCAGAGUGGCCAGCAACAGACUCAAGAUUCGCCCGCCAAAGACGCCCAGCCUUCCUCGCCCGCCCCCUCCUCCUCCUCGUCCAUCACCCACGCCCUCCCAGAAGACAGCUCCGAGCUCGUCCUCGCCGGCUGGGACUCGUACAACAGAACCUGGCUGGACAAGUUCCUGCCAAACUGGAAAAUCAACUUUUACAUGGCUGACGACCCUGAAAAGUCGGAGCUCAAGUUCCCCGCCAAAAAGGGCAACGAGGCCAUGAUAUACCUCAGCUACAUCAUUGACCGCUACGAAUCCCUCCCCGCACACGUCGUCUUCUUCCACUCGGACCGCUUCAACUGGUAUACCGACGACCCGGACUACGACUCGCUCCCGCUGCUCAAGGCCCUCAAGCUCGACUACGUCAAGGAGCACGGCUUCGUCAACCUCCGCUGCACCUGGAUGCUCGGGUGCCCCGCCGAGAUCAAGCCCUCGCUGGACGAGAGCUCGUCCUCCAGCCCCGGCGCGCCCGUCCACGCCAAGCACGUCUACAAGAAGGCCUUUACGGAGCUCUAUCCGGACCUGCACGUCCCCGCCGUGGUGGGCACCUCGUGCUGCGCCCAGUUCGCCGUCCACAGGGACAGAAUCCUGAGGCGGCCCAAGAAGGACUACGAGCACUAUCGCGACUGGCUGGUCAAGACGGAUCUGGGUGACGACUUGAGCGUCCGCGUCUUUGAGUAUUCCUGGCAUAUCAUGUUUGGCAAGGCCGGCGUCUAUUGCCCCAAAGUCGACACGUGCUACUGCAAAGUGUACGGCAUGUGCGAUCUCAAGUGCGACCAGAUGGGCUGCGAAGGUCGGUACACGAUGCCUCCCUCGCAGAACUUGCCCUCGGAGUGGCCCAGGAAGGGAUGGAACGGCGAAGAUCGAAAGUGGUCGGGAGAGCUUUGA